CUAAACUGAUAUCAACACAGACCACAAUGUUCAAGCUGGUGGUGUUGUCUUCCGUGCUGGCCCUGGUGGCCGCAAAUCCCUCCGGCCUUGCUCCGUGGGGCGCUUGGGGCCAUGGCUGGGGCUUAGGGCUGGCUGCUCCCCUGCUUGGCGCUGCACAUGGUGCCCUCGCCGCACCAGUCGCUGCUCCCAUCCCCAUCGCGCCCGCAGGACUCCGUGCAUACAACUACCGUGGACCAAUCUCCCUGGCUCCAGGUCAGCCUGCCAACAUUCUGGCUACUGAUGGCAGGCCGUUGGAUACACUCAGCGUGAACUUGGACCGAUCCGCGCACCUGACCGCUAGAGCUUUGGAACAUGCUGGUGGUCAUCUGCUGAGAAAGCGCUCCGCCCCACUUCUAGCGGCGGCUCCCCUGGCCGCGGCGUGGUCUCACUCCGCCCGCCUCGAUAUCCCCGCAGCCCGUUUGAUAGCGCCAGCGCCCCUUGCCCUAUCCGCAGCCGGACAUCUCGGUUGGGGUGCGCCUCUUGCACCAUGGGGUUUGGGUGCUUUGGGUCACGGACUUCCUUUGGCCCACGGUUAAAAAUAUGAACUGUACAUAUGUUAAUUUCAUUAGAUUUAAGAAUAAAAAGAGAGUUACAUAA